UGCGCAGUGGCCGCAGCGCCGCCGCGGCCCCGGAGCCUGCCCCAUCCAUGCCCUGGCGUCUGUGAGGCAGCACACACAGUGGAGAUGGCCGGGGCCCGGCCCUUCUCGGAAGGCAAGAUUGCCGGCCUCUAUGAUCUGGAGCGCACACUGGGCAAGGGGCACUUUGCAGUGGUGAAGCUGGCACGGCACGUCUUCACUGGGGAGCGGGUGGCAGUCAAGGUCAUUGACAAGAACAAGCUGGACAGCGGGGCAGCUGCUCAGCUCCUGCAGGAGGUGCGCUGCAUGAAGCUGGUGCAGCACCCCAACGUGGUGCGCCUCUACGAGGUCAUUGAUACCCAGGCCAAGCUCUACCUCAUCCUGGAGCUGGGAGACGGCGGGGACAUGUUUGACCACAUCAUGCAGCACGAGGGCGGCCUCGACGAGGACCAGGCCAAGCACUACUUUGCCCAGAUUGUCCACGCCAUCUCAUACUGCCACCGCCUCCACGUGGUCCACCGGGACCUCAAGCCUGAGAACGUGGUCUUCUUCCAAGAGCAGGGCGUGGUGAAGCUCACUGACUUUGGAUUCAGCAACUGCUUCCAGCCAGGCACCAUGCUCACGACCAGCUGUGGCUCCUUGGCCUACUCUGCCCCGGAGAUCCUGUUGGGAGAUGAAUAUGAUGCGCCUGCUGUGGAUGUCUGGAGCUUGGGCGUCAUCCUCUACAUGCUGGUGUGUGGGCAGCCACCGUUCCAGGAAGCCAACGACAGUGAGACACUGACCAUGAUCCUUGACUGCCGCUACAGCAUCCCGCCUGGAGUCUCCUCUCAAUGUGCAGACCUGAUUGCCCAGAUGCUGCAGCGGGACCCCCAGCAUCGGGCCUCCUUGGAGCAGAUCGAGAGCCACCCGUGGCUGCUGGGUGUGGACCCCUCCCCUGCAAGCCACUGCCUCCUGCCUCUGACAUCACACAGGCGGGUCUCGGAGGAAGAGCAUGACAUCAUCAUCCAGGCCAUGAUGUGUGGCAACAUUGCAGACCGGGAAACCAUCCAGGAAGCCCUGGAGGCCAACCGUUACAAUCACAUCACAGCCACCUAUUUCCUGCUGGCCGAACGGAUCCUCCGGGAGAAGCAGGGCCCCAGUGCUAGCCUGGUCUACAACUUGGCCCAGCAUGUCCAGAACAGGAGCCCACUGAUGCCUGUGAGGGGUCCCAGCCACCCUCCACCUACAGCAGGCAAAAACCUUCAGCCUCUGCCUGCCACCAAGAGUGCACUGGAGAACUUGGCGGAGCAUUCUGGGAAGACCCUCCUUUCAUUCUCUGCUCUGGGGGGAGACGAGAGACCCUCCAGUUUUCAUGGAUGCGGGCAGCCAAUCCGAGCGCUGAUCCGGCCCUCCCUCAUUGAGACCCCCAUUGCCAAGAGCACCCCAGCCUUGCAGCAGAUUUCAGAGGAGGAAGAGGAGGAGGAGGAAGAAGAGGAGGGGAAGCCUGGCCUCUUCCGCAGGAGGACCUCCUCCCUGAACCAGGAGCAAAUGAGUGACUUCCAAAGCGCCAAGGCUUCCUUGCUCUUCUGCCGAAGCCUGGCAGCCCACAGCAAAGCAGGGAAGAACCUGGCUGCAGUGUUUGCCAAGCCACGCCCCCUGGAGCUCGGGCCUGAGGCGAGUCUGGAGCGGGCGGCUUCACAGCAGCCUCCAAGGGGCGAGCAAGGCUCUUGCCGAGCUGUGCAGCAGCCAGAGGCCACCAGCACGUGCAGCUUGCAAAGGGAGCAACCUGCCCCUGAGCCCCCAACUGAAGCGUCCCUCCAAGGCUGCAUGGAGGGUGGGCAGGGGAGAGCAGGAGCAGGGGUUGGUGAAACGGAGCCACACAUGGUCCAGAGAGAGGGCAGCAGCAACAACAACACUCCCCCGAUGGGCGGAGACCCUGCUGAAGAGGAGCUCCUGAAGAAAGAGGCUGGGAUCCUCUGUGUGCCUGCUAGAGAGGAUGCUCUUCCUCAACAGAGCUGCAUUCAGAGAGUGGCCAGGGUCCACACGGGAUCCGACCCAGAAGACAAGUCCCGGAAGCAGGAAGUGGGACCAGCCCAUGGGCCAAAGCAGCUUCAGGAUGGCCACAGCAAUGGCGGGGGCAGCGAGAGCCUGGCAGACAACAUUAUCAAGCUUGACCCUGGCAAAGGCAAGAGUGCCAACCUGAAGGACCGGAUCCUGCAGUUCCCACUCUGUGAGAAGGCCCUCGCCUUCCGGAUGCGACCCACCUCCAAGGACAGCCUCCUCUCCUUGGGGCAGUUCAACUGUUGCCAUGUCAUCUAGUCAUCUUGCAUUGUGUCUGCAAUGAGAGAAACAGUUGGAGGAAGAUGGUAUAGAUGGAGAGUGCAAAGUACUGGCCAGAGACAAAGGUUGCCUCUGUUCCCAUGAUCCUCUGCUCUCACUGAAUAGCUGUCACCAUCCUGGCUGAACAAGGUGGGCACCCGCCUGCCUGCCUGCCCACCCGAGCAUAUUUUUCAGCUCAAGCUCUCCGUAGUUUUUCUUGAGGUGGAGGAACCAACUGGCUGCCCUUCCUUCCUUCCCCCAAUCCUAGCUGAAGCUCUCCAAACUCAGCACUCCCACCCCCUUGCUCACUGCAUGCUAGGCCUAAAUCUCCUCAGAGGACAGGGCCUCUGCUGGCUGGGCUGGGCUGGGCUGGGCUGGGCUGGGCUGGGGGAACAUCUCUGAACAGCAAGGAAGUUGCUCUGUCCACCCAACGUUCUGCGCAGCUCAGCCAACAGAAGUGGGAGAGAAGCCAGUGUGCCUGGAGGGGCCCUUGGUAGGGUGUUCCUCAGCCACGGUUUGGCCUCUCUGUUACAGAGGCCAAGGCACUCUUCUCCCUGGUCUUGGCAUAACCCAUUGACAGGCAUCCAGCAAAGUGUUGCUCUGCAUUCUCCAGUACUGUUCCCUUUCCUCCUCCUCCUCCCCUUGGCUGAUGCCAGUGGGCAACCUUUCUGUCCCCCACUCCCUAUUUUGAUUCACUGAGUGGCAAGUGGGCUAGCUUUGCUGCUUAAGGUCAAUUCAGAUGGUGGCCAGGGAGUUGCCUCUGCUUAUUGGCCCUGGAGUUUGGGUUCCCACCUUGCUGCAGCCCUUGCAGGGUGUCCAGAUCUUUGCAGUGGUAGCCUGAAUCCUGGCUGUGUCCCCCGCACCCCAAUUCCUGCCAGGGAAAGCCACCAGUAGCUGCCAUCCUCUUGAUGGACGGGGCAACAUCCAUACUGGGGAUGUCAGCAUGAGGGGGGUAGAGGAAGGGGCUGCAGCCUGGCACCUUUUCAGCCUCUCUGGACCCCCACUCCGUUUGCUUCACUGGACUAGAAAACCCCCUUGUGGAGCAAAGUUUGUUCCCACACACCCAAUCCACAUUUCACGUGGGGUGUGUGACUAAUUUUGAUACCCAAAGGGCAGCUGACCCUCCCCCACCUCCUGUUGCUCAUCCCUGGAAUUGGGGCCAGGCUGGCAGUGGGGUGGGGGAGAGUUCAAGCAACAGCCCUCAAGUAAAGAGGGCUCAGUUGCCUUAAAUGCUAAUCUUGCCCCCACCACCACACACACACAUUGGGCCUGUUCAGACAACACUUCAGGCUCUGUGGUGAGCGAAACUGUGGUUAGCACUAACCACAAGCCGUGCUGUCGUGCACAUCACUUUAAGCCAUGGUUAGAGCUGCUAAACCUGCUGCAGACAGUCUGACUGUGGUUAGUGAGUGAGCAGGAUUUAGCAAAAGGCACCUUAAACCCUGAUGCUUAACCAAAAGCCAGCAGGGUUUAAGGUGUCUUCUGAACAGGCCCAAAGACACACACACACACACACACACACACACACACACACACACACACACACACACACACACACACACACACACACACACACACACACACACUUUCUAUGUGAACGGGCUAGGCAAGUGCUUCUGCAUUCGUGUCUCCUGCAGCCAAGCCCCUGGGGUCUCAGUCAAUGGCGGGGUGCAGCCCCCAGGGAGAGGGCAAGGCCUUUCCUUGCUCCUUGACAUGGCACAUCGAGCCAGAAGGGGCAGGCAUUGCUGACAUGCCCAGGGGUUGGGGCUGCCUUUUUAAGGGCAGCAGCCCACUCUAUUCUGCCAUUCAUGCUGUGGCUGAGCUGGGGAGAUUCUGCUGUCUUUUCUGCCUCCGUCAUUUUUGCCCUUUCGUUUAUGAACCAGCUUCUGGUAAAGCAGUGAGUCCUUCAGGCCAGCUCUGAGUUGAUGUUGUCUGAUCCCGCGCUUUUGCGGCCGUUUCCCGAGGAGCAUGCGUAUUCCUAGCUCUGCCAAUCCUGAAGAGGUGAGGUUUUUAUAGCAAAAUAUUUUUUAAAAAUAGUCUAUUUUAAUGUAAUCUAGAGAUGGUUCUGUAUCCCUUUCCCCUCAAGCCCAGAUGCUUCUUGGGCAGCAAAUGCACUUUUUAGGAGUGAACUAGCCAUGUGAUUGCCCCCUCCCUUGGCCAGCAGUGCCCCCUGCUUCUUUGCCCCUGCCUGUGGCUGCCCAGAAGCACCUCCGCCAGUAAGGUGCACAAGGUCUCUUCCUCCCUCAGGGCUGGGCAAGGGAGAAGCAAACCAGAGUCCCUGGGCACAUGUGACACACACACACUCCCCCCCCCCCGGUUGCUCUUGCCCCACCCCCUCUGCCCUUCCCCUGCUAGGCAUCACAACGCGCAAGCACAGAUUCACAUUCAUCCAUUCUCUAAACCAAAAUGGUCACCCUCAAUCUGAAACUUCCAGGAAAAUAAGCUUUCUGUGUAUUUAUCCUUUCUUGCUGGCAAGAAAUGAAUUGGGAAUUUGAUUGCUGAGCUCACUGGGUUCUGUAUACAGUGCACUGACUGGAUCUAAGACAAAGCAAGUUUCAUCCAAUAAAAUAACUGUUCUGGAUUUUGAA